CCCGAUCAGUUUAUUUUGGGCAGCGGUUGAAACUGAACUUGUUUUCUUGUAAACUCGUACUUUUGAUUAUUUUUUUGCAAUUUCUUUCGUUCAUUCUAGUCAACUAGUCAACAUGGCAGCCAAAGUUCCCAAUGCAAUUUUCAGCAAUGGAAACAGCAUUCCGAUGAUUGGCCUCGGGACAUGGAAUUCUCCUCCUGGUGUGGUAGCGCAAGCAGUCAAAGAUGCAAUUGAUAUCGGCUACCGGCAUAUUGAUUGUGCUCAUGUGUAUCAAAAUGAAGACGAAGUUGGGGAUGGAAUAGCUGCCAAAAUUAAGGAUGGAACAAUCAAACGCGAGGACGUAUUUGUUACAAGCAAACUGUGGAAUACAUUCCAUCGUCCAGAUUUGGUGGAAGGUGCCUUGAAGGUCACUUUAAAGAACCUUAAACUUGCUUAUCUGGAUCUAUAUCUGAUCCAUUGGCCUGUAGCGUACAAGGAAGGCGAUAGUCUGUUCCCAUUGGGACCUGAUGGCAAAACUUUUAUCUUUUCCGAUGCCGACUAUGUGGAUACUUGGAAAGAAAUGGAAAAGUUGGUCGACGCAGGGCUGGUAAAAAAUAUUGGCUUAUCGAAUUUCAACUCAAAGCAGAUUCAACGGGUAUUGGAUGUUGCUCGCAUCAAACCAGCGUGUAAUCAGAUUGAGGUCCAUGCAUAUCUGCACCAGUCCAAGUUAACAACAUUCUGUACUGAAAAAGAAAUUAUUGUAACAGCCUACAGUCCCUUAGGAUCCCCGGCUAGACCGUGGGUGAAAAAGGAUGACAUCGUACUGCUGGAUGAUCCAACCCUGAAAAAAAUUGCCGAUAAGCAUGGCAAAGAGCCGGCCCAGAUUCUUAUACGCUACCAGAUUGAGCUUGGUCACGUAGUGAUUCCUAAAUCGGUUACCAAGUCUAGGAUCGCCUCGAACUUUGAGGUGUUCAACUUCACACUGGACGGGGACGAUAUUAAAAAUCUAGCUGCGCUGGAACGUAAUGAACGGAUCUGUCCGGAGUUUGGUGCAUUCGGACAUCCACAUCAUCCAUUCGAAAAGGAGGAAUAACUAAACAAGAGGAUCGAUACAGCAUCAAAAUAAAUAUACAUACAAACAGUUCUUAUCAACUUAUUACAUAUGUCUAAAGUAUCAUGUAAAAAAGAACUAAAUAUUUUCCGAAAUUUUAUUGGCAUGUUUUUAAGCAUAAAAUUAAUUGUAAAAAAAAAUAAAUGGCCAAAAUUCGAAAA